AUGUGGAACGAUCAAUCCGUCGCGGGCGGUGGAUUUUUCAACGCAACAAAUCAAUUUGCCAACGCUGGAACUCCUAAUCAAGGCCAAAAAUCAGGACGUCGGUCAUCACGAACUGCACCUAUAGUAAUAAAGCAAGCUCUGCAUUGUGGUGAUGAAGGUAUCAAAAUUUGGGGAACAGAGAUACAAAUUGUGUCUAUUGUUGCUAGGAUAAGGAACAUUCGGAUACAAAGUACUAAAAUUACAUAUACAAUACAGGAUAUAACUGGCAGGAUGAAAACGGUGCUAUGGCUGGACCAGGAAGCUAUGGAGGAGGAUGACAAAUCUGCACCAAAAGUUCAAGUAAACGAUUACAUCCACGUGUUUGGUAAUGUGAAAACAAACAAGGGUAAAAAAGUUUUGAUGGCUUUUAAGAUAACACCAGUGACAGAUGUUAAUCUUAUAACAUUCCACUACCUCAACUGCAUUAACAAUAAACUACAACUCGAAGCGCGCUCUAAAAAGGAGAAAACCACUAAUAUGUCUAGUUUCACUAAUAAUGUACCUGCAAAUUCUCUCGUGGGAAUGGACAAUGGCUCGGUGAAUGGGUUGAAUCCUCGUCAAAUGCUAGUGUACAAUCUCAUCAGGGUCUCCACAGUUGAACAAGGCAUUAGUAAACAAGAUAUAUAUGCCACAUUGAAAGAUAAAAUGUCCAGCGUAGAAUUUGAUAACAUUUUAGAGUGGAUGUGCAAUGAGGGUCACAUCUACUCAACAAUCGAUGAAGAACAUUUCCGCGCCACAGAUGCCUUCUAA